GUAGUUUCGACACUGCGCGCUCGCGCUCCUCGGGUUGUCGGCUCUGCUUUUCAUGGAGAAGCUUCAAGGAGACAACGGAGGAAGAAGGAACAGGAACACAUUUGGAUAAUGGGGAAGCGGCUGAAUCAGAAACAUAGGUAUGUCGUCUUUGGACUUCCUGAUGAUGACGUUAUGGACAAACAUUGUAACAACUAGUGCUUCGGACAGUUUAUUGAUUGAGGUAGACACUUUUAGAAUAGAACACGAGGGCUUUAUUGUUUAAAAUUAUGGAUAUUUUCUUCACAUUUUUGCCAAAGAGUCUUCAAGAGUGACCAACUCAGUCUCAGGGGAUACAUUUAAUUUGCUGAAUAGCUAUUUACAUAUGUUAUAAUACACUGCCACUAAUAAUCCCAUAUCAAUGUGUUUAUCAUAUGUUUUGACAACCCUUGAAGCACUAAAGUCAUGUAUUAAGUACUCUGGAGAAAGUAAUGCUUUAUCCAGUGCUAAUCACUUGCAUACACACGCCUUUUUUAUUAUUAUGAAUCUGUCCCCACCCUGUUGUGUUUCUUUCAGUCUGAAUGUAUCAUCCAAACUGAACAAGUCCCUCCAGCACAACAACUGCAGCACAAUCCCAUAAAGAUUAGUUUAAAGUUGACCUAUUUCAUCGGCUUUAAUCCUGUCUGUAUGUGUGACUCAGAUGACUAUGUCCCAAACCUGCUGAGAGCUCCUUGAAAAGAAAAUGCAACCAGGAGGUCCUCCCGCUCCGCCUCCGCCACCACCGCCUCCGCCUCCGCCACCACCACCACCACCACCACCUCCUGGCCUCAUUGCCAAGGGGGAAAGCCGGCGCUCCAGGAUGCGCAAUUUCAACUGGGAAACUCUUCCUAAACACAGUGUGGUCGGAAAACACAACAUCUGGACUGCAGAGAAGACUGACAAGGAAUAUGAGCUGGACACUGAUCACAUGGAGGAGUUGUUCAGCCACAAGCAGAACCAGCAACAAGUCAAGGCCUUGAACCGCCAGAGUGUGAGGGGUCUGCCGACUGCUGCCUCGGGAGGCGUAAUGGUUUCCAUCCUCAACGCCAAGAGCAGCAUGAACAUUGGAAUUUUCCUAAAGCAAUUCAAGCGGCCGACAAAAGAUAUGAUUGAAGAAAUCAAAUCAGGAAGUAGCCUCACUUUUGGUUCUGGAAAACUGAGGGAGCUGUGCAAGCUGCUGCCAGAUGAAGGGGAGGGGAAGCAGCUGGUCAGUUUUAAGGGCGACCACUCCACUCUCUCCGAAGCAGAUCUGUUCAUGCUAAUGCUGGUCAAGAUACCCAACUAUGAAGAGCGUCUUAACAGCUUGGUGCUCAAAGAGGAAUUUUUCCCCCUCAUGAAUGAAAUAAAAGAAUGCAUUGGCACUUUGACAGCAGCUGGAAAGGAGGUGUUGGAGUCUGAUAAUCUCCAUUCUGUCAUCCGGCUGGUGCUGAAGACUGGGAAUUACAUGAAUGCUGGUGGCUAUGCAGGCAGUGCGAUUGGCUUCCGAAUGGCUUCUCUGUUAAAGCUCGUGGACACCAAAGCAAACAAACCUGGAAUGAAUCUGAUGCAUUAUGUUGUGAUGCAAGCUCAGAAGGCAGAGGUGGACAUGCUUAAAUUCACAGACCAACUUGAACACAUCGAAGCUGCAGCAAGAAUGAAUAAAAGUGAAAUUGAAGCAGAGUUUGAAAAACAGGUGAGCAAAGUUCAAACUGCCAAAGUGGACACCUUGAAGCAAGAAGACCUAAAGGUGCAGAUGGAGGACUUUUUGAAGGAAGCCGAGGUCUGCUUGGCAGAAAUACAGACUGAUCUUCAGGAAUUGCAGUCAGUGAGUGACUCUGUGGCAGAGUACUUCUGUGAAAACCCAAACAAGUUCAAAUUGGAGGAGUGCUUCUCCGUUUUCAACUCCUUUUGUGAGAGAUUUAUGCGUGCCAUGCAGGAAAACGAGGCUCGCGAGGUGGCAGAGGUGCAGCGGAGACACAGAGACCGAUUGCAGAGCGCUACCAAACGUAGGUCCACGGCUACCUGCUCCAGCAGAGACAAGGAAAUGGAUGGAAUUGCGUUGCAGUCAAUAUUACAGAACUUCCUGGCGAAGGGUGUCUCUCGGAGGAGACCCGGAAGACCCUCGUCCACUCAUGGAAGCCCCACGGAUGGCAGCCCCAACAACGGGAGCCUAUCAGAUAUCAUCUCCCAGGUAAACAUCCCCACUGGGAAAGCAAUCGGAGGCUCUUUUAGAGCGAAUGACAUGGGCAGAAAAGAGUGGAAUUCAGCAUUUGAACUCACAGAGAACUUUUCACAAAAGCAAGAUCAGUCUAUCGGCGAGGAAAACAAGGCAAAAGGUGGCGUUCCUUCUGAACAAGGGGGUCAAAUGUCCAGAACAGAGGACGCCAGUGGUCUGACACACCCAGCCAAUGGGACCACCGCCAUUUCCUUCGCAGGCAAAUCUUUCUCAGCUGCCACUGAUGAUGGUGAGGAGGAUCGACAGGAUAAUAGUGAGGAGGAGGCUCAAAAGUUGCGUGAAGCAUCGAAAAAGGUUUUGCGCUUUCAGAACAGCCGCAGCAGUGUCUCAUCCGACGACUGUUCUCUGGACAAUAAGAAAUCUCCAGUCGCCACCUUGCCUUGUCAGCGCACCUUCGAUGAGGACACGGAGAGGUAUCCCGAAGACUCCACCAAUGAGGAUUUUGUAAAAUUGUUGCUCAAUCCUCAGUUAGCAAACCGCCGCCAUACUCUACCUACCAAAGGCCUUAAGACUGAGGAAGAGGAAGACAAUCUUUGCACUAAGCCUCCAGUCAGAACUCCUAAUUCUGCAGCAAGAGAAAAGGGACCACUGUCAGCAGAGGGUGCUGGACAAAAUCCCUUUAAACCAGUAUUUGACUUCACUGACACGUCUCACAAUUUUAAAAAAACUGGUGCUCAAGACCAUAAUUCUCUAUCGGUGGAAAAGACAACUAUUGCUGUAACCCAUGUUACAGAUGAAGGUCUUGGAGAACAAAACAAAGUCAGCAAAUCAGUGGAUUCUACGGACAACGAAUCAAAUAGGCUUGGUGAAAAUGUUCCCCCGAAAAGUCCAUGGAUUAAGACUGAAAACACUGGACUGUUUUUUAGCUUUUUAAAACGCCUUGGAGACAUGAGUAAACCGUCGAACAUCAAAGAAACUGUCCACAAGGGCCCUGGUUCUGGGGUGUAAGCAUAAGAUGCAUCAACUGUAAGGUCAGGGAAGCACAAGUAACUUUAGUAUUACUAUUAACUCAGCAUGGUGAUGAUGUAGUGUUAUAUUUAAUGUUACCAUUGUACAUUUAUGAAGAGGUCAUUAAGACAUGGAGAGACUGUUCAAGUAAAGUGGUUGGAGAAUGUUUGUUCAGGAAGGCCAUUUUGUAUGUUGUCCCACUGGAGGGCAGCAUAUAACUAACACAGUGAAUGUAUUUUUUUUGUCACUUACAUUUUUUUCAAUUCGUUUAGACAUAUAAACAUAAAACAAGUAAAAAAAUGUCAUACAUAAAGAUAUAUAUAUAUACACACACACACAUAUACACAUACAUAUAUACACGCAUACAUACACACGCAUAUAUACACAUACAUACCCUCCCCCCCCAAAGAAACAACAAAGACAACAACAACAAAAAAGCAACCCCGGCACCCCCUUAAUUAUCUUUUACUUGUAAGUGUGUAUACACCACCCCGCAUCUAUAUUUGAAUUUCCCUCAAAACCCAAAUCUGACCCCUGAGUAUUUGACCCCUCCUCUAAUUUGUAAUAAAAGUCAUCAGUCUUUUCCAUGCUUGGUCAGUUUGGCUUGAACUGUUCUUCCCCCUGGCAACCCUACUUUCAAAAGCAGCCGUCUCCGUCAUGCCUUUGAGCCGGUCCGUGAGCGUGGCCGUGUGUGGGCUCUUCCAAUGUCUCAGGAUAAGCCUUGCUGCCAGUGAACGUAUUGUUCAGAACAUAUGGGUGUUGUUGAUUACCAGGCAAGGUGUACACUCCCAAGUAAAAACAACAACAAUAGGCACACAUUUUUUUAUUUUUUAUUCCUGAUAUUACCUUGACGGCAAUGUCCUCAUCGGUUGGAUAAAUGUUGAAAUACCAAGUUUGUUUUUCAAAAGGCUGAAUGUGCAGCCUUGCAGAAUAUAAUGAGUAAGUAAAUGAAUGGGAGAUCAUAGUGAGAUCUGUAACGAUAUGUACAAUCUGUUUGAAUUUGAAUUCAAUACUAAUGUUUCAGUUUUACAAUGA